AGUCCGAAAUGAUGUUUCUUGACAAAUAAAACCAAAACACGUAUUUUCAAGUCAAUUACAAAGUAAAAUUAAAAGUUUGCAAGAGCCUGCGUUGUUUGAUACAGCAAGAAGAAAUAUCCGAAUAUCUCCUGCACAGCAAGUUAUCAAUUGAGUGAAGCAGAAUCCAAAUCCAAUGGCAUCUCCACACCCAAAUUUGGAGCUUAGAGCAUUGGGUGACACUGGGUUGAAGCUGAGCUGUGUGGGUUUUGGAGCAUCUCCUCUGGGUAGAGUCUUUGGUCCUGUCUCUGAAGAUGAUGCCAUUGCCUCCGUCCGUGAAGCAUUCCGUCUCGGCAUCAAUUUUUUUGACACCUCCCCGUAUUAUGGAGGAACAUUGUCAGAGAAGAUGCUUGGUAAGGGACUCAAAGCCCUAGGAGUUCCCAGAGAUCAAUAUAUAGUGUCAACAAAAUGUGGGCGUUAUGUUGAGGGCUUUGAUUUUAGUGCUGAGAGAGUAACUAAGAGCAUUGAUGAGAGUUUGGCAAGGUUGCAGUUGGACUAUGUUGAUAUACUGCAAUGCCACGAUAUUGAGUUUGGUUCUCUUGACCAGAUUGUGAAUGAGACCAUUCCUGCCCUUCAGAAACUAAAGGAGGCUGGGAAGAUUCGUUUCAUUGGUAUAACUGGACUCCCAUUAGGAGUUUUUACUUAUGUGCUUGACCGAGUGCCGCCUGGAGCUGUUGAUGUGAUUCUAUCAUACUGCCACUACAGCAUUAAUGAUUCAACGUUGGAGGAUUUACUGCCUUACUUAAAGAGCAAAGGUGUAGGUAUAAUUAGUGCUUCACCACUUGCAAUGGGGCUCCUUACAGAGACUGGCCCUCCUGAAUGGCAUCCAGCUUCUCCUGAACUAAAGUCUGCAUGCCAAGCUGCUGCUGCACAUUGUAAAGAGAAGGGCAAGAACAUUUCUAAGUUGGCAAUGCAAUACAGUUUGUGGAACAAGGAUAUUGCUUCAGUGCUGGUUGGCAUGAAUUCUGUUAGCCAGGUUCAGGAGAAUGUUGCUGCUGCAACUGAACUUGCUACAUUUGGGAAGGAUCAAGAAACACUACCUGAGAUUGAAGCAAUUCUGAGCCCUGUGAAGAAUCAGACUUGGCCCAGUGGAAUUCAACAGAGUUGAUAUCCUUGCUUUCCGUGGUGCCCUUUCCCAAUUGUAUUACUCAAGCAAAUCUUUAUCUUCUAGGUGCAGGUGGGUGCCAUAUUGUUUGCAAAUCUUGAUCUUCUUUAAAGGAAUUAAUGUCAAGCCAGGUUUGCUGUAAAAGGGUUUACAAGGAAACUCAGUGACUAGGAGGCUCCAGCUAUUUAUGGAGGAAAGCAAUACUGGAGAAGAGAUUGCAGAUGAGGGAAGGAUAGGAUUGUUCAUAUACAAUAUGAUGCACGAGACUGUUUUGUUAGAACUCGGAGGCACACUGGUUUCCUUUAUUACUAAGGCACAUGUGAUUUGGUUUUUUUUUUUUUUUUGGAGAGCAAACAAAAUCUAAUGGAGGGAUAAAAAAAGUGUGAAAAAGGGAAUCAAAAUACAGUGGUGACUGUAAAACUUUAAGGGUAAUUGUAAUUUGCUCUUUUCUUAA